CAGCAAGGUGGGGGUCCAAAGGUCCUGUGCUAAGCACCCAUAAUCCUCUAGGGGUGCCACCCAAAAAAACAAAACCCCACCAUGUUUAACUUAAUGAAAAAAGAUAAGGACAAAGAUGGCGGGCGGAAGGAGAAGAAGGAGAAAAAGGAGAAGAAAGAGCGGAUGUCAGCAGCAGAGCUGCGGAGCCUGGAGGAGAUGAGUCUCCGUCGUGGAUUCUUCAACCUGAACCGCUCCUCCAAGCGUGAAUCCAAGACACGCCUGGAAAUCUCCAACCCCAUCCCCAUCAAGGUGGCCAGUGGGUCUGACCUGCACCUGACUGACAUUGACUCUGACAGCAACCGGGGCAGCAUCAUCCUAGACUCGGGCCACUUAAGCACAGCCAGCUCCAGCGAUGACCUCAAGGGUGAGGAAGGCAGCUUCAGGGGCUCUGUGCUGCAGCGGGCAGCCAAGUUCGGCUCACUGGCCAAGCAGAACUCACAGAUGAUUGUCAAGCGCUUCUCUUUCUCCCAGCGAAGUCGGGAUGAAAGCGCCUCAGAAACCUCAACCCCCUCAGAGCACUCUGCAGCCCCAUCACCACAGGUGGAGAUAAGGACACUAGAGGGACAACUGUUGCAGCAUUCUGGCCCAGGCAUCCCUCGAGCAGGACACCGUUCUCGAGUCCUUGAGCUGGUGACUAAAAGGUUCCCAGCUGACCUGAGACUCCCCCCAGUGGUGCCUCCACCACCCCCUGCCCCCAGGGAACUGGAACUGCAACGAAGGCCCACCGGAGACUUUGGUUUCUCCCUGAGGCGUACAACCAUGCUGGAUCGUGGCCCUGAGGGCCAGGCCUAUCGCCGGGUGGUUCACUUUGCUGAACCUGGUGCUGGUACCAAGGACCUGGCUCUUGGGUUGGUGCCAGGAGACCGACUGGUGGAGAUUAAUGGGCACAAUGUGGAGAACAAGUCCAGAGAUGAGAUUGUGGAGAUGAUCCGACAGUCUGGGGACAGUGUGCGGCUUAAGGUUCAGCCCAUCCCAGAGCUCAGCGAGUUGAGCCGGAGCUGGUUGCGGAGUGGCGACGGACACCGCAGGGAGCCAGCCGAUGCCAAAACAGAAGAGCAGAUUGCAGCUGAGGAAGCCUGGUAUGAGACAGAGAAGGUGUGGCUGGUCCAUAAGGAUGGCUUCUCUCUGGCCAGUCAGCUCAAGUCGGAGGAGCUCAGUUUACCUGAGGGGAAGGUGCGUGUGAAGCUAGACCAUGAUGGAGCCAUCCUGGAUGUGGAUGAGGAUGACGUAGAGAAGGCUAAUGCUCCCUCCUGCGACCGUCUGGAAGAUCUGGCCUCGCUGGUGUACCUCAACGAGUCUAGUGUCCUACACACGCUGCGCCAGCGCUAUGGCGCUAGCCUGCUGCACACCUAUGCUGGCCCCAGCCUGCUGGUUCUCAGCCCCCGUGGGGCUCCUGCCGUAUACUCAGAGAAGGUGAUGCACAUGUUCAAGGGGUGCCGGCGGGAGGACAUGGCACCCCACAUCUAUGCUGUGGCCCAGACAGCAUACAGGGCAAUGCUGAUGAGCCGUCAGGACCAGUCUAUCAUCCUCCUGGGCAGCAGUGGCAGUGGCAAGACCACCAGCUGCCAGCACCUGGUGCAGUACCUAGCCACCAUCACAGGCACCGGCGGGAACAAGGUGUUUUCCGUUGAGAAGUGGCAGGCCCUAUACACCCUCCUGGAAGCCUUUGGGAACAGCCCCACCAUCAUGAAUGGCAAUGCCACCCGCUUCUCCCAGAUCCUCUCCCUGGACUUUGACCAAGCUGGCCAGGUGGCCUCAGCCUCCAUUCAGACGAUGCUUCUGGAGAAGCUCCGUGUGGCUCGACGCCCUGCCAGUGAGGCCACAUUCAAUGUCUUCUACUACCUGCUGGCCUGUGGAGAUGGCACCCUCAGGACAGAGCUCCACUUGAACCACUUGGCAGAGAAUAAUGUGUUUGGGAUCAUGCCAUUGGCCAAGCCUGAGGAGAAGCAGAAGGCAGCUCAGCAAUUCAGUAAGCUGCAGACAGCCAUGAAGGUGUUGGGCAUUUCCCCUGAUGAGCAGAAGGCCUGCUGGCUCAUCCUGGCUGCUAUCUACCACCUGGGGGCUGCAGGAGCCACCAAAGAAGCUGCUGAAGCUGGGCGCAAGCAAUUUGCCCGCCAUGAAUGGGCCCAGAAGGCUGCAUACCUGCUGGGCUGCAGCCUGGAGGAGCUGUCCUCGGCCAUCUUCAAGCACCAGCACAAGGGUGGCACCCUGCAGCGCUCCACUUCCUUUCGUCAGGGCCCUGAGGAGAGCAGCCUGGGGGACGGCACAGGUCCCAAAAUGAGUGCAUUGGAGUGUUUAGAGGGCAUGGCAUCUGGCCUCUACAGCGAGCUCUUUACCCUUCUUAUCUCCCUAGUGAACAGGGCUCUCAAGUCCAGCCAGCAUUCGCUCUGCUCCAUGAUGAUUGUGGAUACUCCAGGCUUCCAGAACCCUGAGCAGGGUGGCUCGGCCCGUGGAGCCUCAUUUGAGGAGCUGUGCCACAAUUAUGCCCAGGACCGGCUGCAGAGGCUCUUCCAUGAGCGCACCUUUGUGCAGGAGUUGGAAAGAUACAAGGAGGAGAACAUUGAGCUGGCGUUUGAUGACAUAGAGCCGGCCGCAGAUGACUCGGUGGCUGCAGUGGACCAGGCCUCCCACCAGUCUCUGGUCCGUUCGCUGGCCCGCACAGACGAGGCAAGGGGCCUACUAUGGCUGCUGGAAGAGGAGGCGCUGGUGCCAGGGGCCACUGAGGAUACCCUCCUGGAACGCCUUUUCUCCUAUUAUGGCCCCCAGGAAGGUGAUAAAAAAGGCCAAAGUCCCCUUCUGCGCAGCAGCAAACCACAUCAUUUUCUCCUGGGUCACAGCCAUGGCACCAACUGGGUAGAGUACAACGUGACUGGCUGGCUGAGCUACACCAAGCAGAACCCAGCCACCCAGAAUGCCCCCCGGCUCCUACAGGACUCCCAGAAAAAGAUCAUCAGCAACCUGUUUCUGGGCCGGGCAGGCAGCGCCACGGUGCUCUCGGGCUCCAUCGCUGGCCUGGAGGGUGGCUCACAGCUUGCACUGCGCCGGGCCACCAGCAUGCGGAAGACCUUUACAACAGGCAUGGCAGCUGUCAAGAAGAAGUCGCUGUGCAUCCAGAUUAAGCUGCAGGUGGAUGCCCUCAUUGACACCAUCAAGAGGUCCAAGAUGCAUUUUGUUCACUGCUUCCUGCCUGUAGCUGAGGGUUGGGCUGGGGAACCCCGAUCCGCCUCCUCCCGCCGCGUCAGCAGCAGCAGCGAGCUGGACCUGCCUCCAGGAGACCCCUGUGAAGCUGGGCUCCUGCAGCUUGAUGUGCCUCUACUCCGUGCCCAGCUUCGGGGCUCCCGACUGCUUGAUGCCAUGCGCAUGUACCGCCAAGGUUAUCCUGACCACAUGGUGUUUUCUGAGUUCCGCCGUCGCUUUGAUGUCCUGGCCCCACACCUGACAAAGAAACACGGGCGUAACUACAUUGUGGUGGAUGAGAAGAGGGCGGUGGAGGAGCUCCUGGAGUCCUUGGACCUGGAGAAGAGCAGCUGCUGCAUGGGCCUGAGCCGGGUGUUCUUCCGGGCAGGCACGUUGGCGCGACUGGAGGAGCAGCGGGAUGAGCAGACCAGUAGACACCUAACCCUGUUCCAGGCGGCCUGCAGGGGCUACCUCGCCCGCCAGCACUUCAAGAAGAGAAAGAUCCAGGACCUGGCCAUUCGCUGUGUACAAAAGAACAUCAAGAAGAACAAAGGGGUGAAGGACUGGCCCUGGUGGAAGCUCUUUACCACUGUUCGACCCCUCAUCGAAGUACAGCUGUCAGAGGAGCAGAUUCGCAACAAAGACGAGGAGAUCCAACAGCUGCGGAGCAAGCUUGAGAAGGUGGAAAAGGAGCGAAACGAGCUGCGGCUCAACAGUGACCGGCUGGAGACCCGGAUCUCAGAGCUGACAUCGGAGCUGACAGAUGAACGUAACACGGGAGAGUCCGCCUCCCAGCUGCUGGACGCAGAGACAGCGGAGAGGCUCCGAGCUGAGAAGGAAAUGAAGGAGCUGCAGACCCAGUAUGAUGCACUGAAGAAGCAAAUGGAAGUGAUGGAGAUGGAGGUGAUGGAGGCCCGGCUCAUCCGGGCAGCUGAGAUCAACGGGGAAGUGGAUGAUGAUGAUGCAGGGGGCGAGUGGCGGCUAAAGUAUGAGCGAGCCGUGCGGGAAGUGGACUUCACCAAGAAGCGGCUCCAGCAGGAGUUAGAAGACAAACUGGAGGUGGAGCAGCAGAGCAAGAGGCAGCUGGAGAGGCGGCUUGGGGACCUACAGGCAGAUAGUGAUGAAAGCCAGCGGGCUCUGCAGCAACUUAAGAAGAAGUGCCAGCGACUAACAGCUGAGCUGCAGGACACCAAGCUGCACCUGGAGGGCCAGCAAGUCCGCAACCAUGAGCUGGAGAAGAAGCAGAGGAGGUUUGACAGUGAGCUCUCACAAGCGCAUGAGGAGGCCCAGCGGGAGAAGCUGCAGCGGGAGAAGCUGCAGCGAGAGAAGGACAUGCUUCUUGCUGAAGCUUUUAGCCUGAAGCAGCAACUGGAGGAAAAAGACAUGGACAUUGCGGGAUUCACACAGAAAGUCGUCUCAUUGGAGGCUGAGCUCCAGGACAUUUCUUCCCAAGAGUCUAAGGACGAGGCCUCUCUGGCCAAGGUCAAGAAGCAGCUCUGGGACCUGGAGGCCAAAGUCAAGGAUCAGGAAGAGGAGCUAGAUGAGCAGGCGGGGACCAUCCAGAUGCUGGAGCAGGCCAAGCUGCGUCUAGAGAUGGAGAUGGAGCGGGUGAGACAGACCCAUUCCAAGGAGAUGGAGAGCCGGGAUGAGGAGGUCGAGGAGGCCCGGCAGUCAUGUCAGAAGAAGUUAAAGCAGAUGGAAGUGCAGCUUGAGGAAGAGUAUGAAGACAAGCAGAAGGCGCUGCGGGAGAAGAGGGAGCUAGAGAGCAAGCUUGCCGCACUGAGCGACCAGGUGAGCCAGCGGGACUUUGAGUCAGAGAAGCGGCUGCGGAAAGAUCUGAAGCGCACCAAGGCCCUGCUGGCAGAUGCCCAGAUCAUGCUGGACCACCUGAAGAACAACGCCCCCAGCAAGAGGGAGAUCGCCCAGCUAAAGAACCAGCUGGAGGAGUCAGAGUUCACUUGUGCAGCAGCCGUUAAAGCACGGAAAGCAAUGGAGGUAGAGAUCGAAGACCUUCACCUACAGAUUGAUGACAUCGUCAAGGCCAAGACAGCGCUGGAGGAGCAGCUGAGCCGCCUUCAGCGUGAGAAGAAUGAGAUCCAGAACCGACUAGAAGAGGAUCAGGAGGACAUGAAUGAGCUGAUGAAGAAGCACAAGGCUGCAGUGGCUCAGGCUUCCAGGGACCUGGCACAGAUGAGUGAUCUACAAGCUCAGCUAGAGGAAGCCAACAAGGAGAAACAGGAGCUGCAGGAGAAGCUACAAGCCCUACAGAGCCAAGUGGAGUUUCUAGAGCAGUCUAUGGUGGACAAGUCCCUAGUGAGCAGGCAGGAAGCAAAGAUCCGGGAGCUGGAGACACGUCUGGAGUUUGAAAGGACCCAAGUGAAGCGGCUGGAGAGCUUGGCCAGCCGGCUCAAGGAAAACAUGGAGAAGCUGACUGAGGAACGGGAUCAGCGCGCUGCAGCAGAGAACCGGGAGAAAGAACAGAACAAGAGGCUACAGCGGCAGCUCCGGGACACCAAGGAGGAGAUGGGUGAGCUCGCCAGGAAGGAGGCUGAGGCGAGCCGCAAGAAGCAUGAACUGGAGAUGGACCUGGAGAGUCUGGAAGCUGCUAACCAGAGCCUGCAGGCUGACCUGAAGCUGGCAUUCAAACGCAUUGGGGACCUGCAGGCUGCCAUUGAGGACGAGAUGGAGAGUGAUGAGAAUGAGGACCUCAUCAACAGUGAAGGGGACUCGGAUGUGGACUCAGAGCUGGAGGACCGGGUCGACGGGGUCAAGUCCUGGUUGUCAAAAAACAAGGGACCUUCCAAGGCAGCUUCUGAUGAUGGCAGCUUGAAGAGUUCCAGCCCCACCAGCCACUGGAAGCCCCUUCCCCCUGACCGAUCCGAUGAUGAGCACGACCCUGUGGACGGCACCUCCAGACCCCGAUACUCCCACAACUGUCUGAGUGACAGCGAUACAGAGGCAAAGCUGGCGGAGACCAAUGCAUAGCCCAGGGGAGUGGCUCUCAGCCCUCACACCCCACAGCCUCUGCCUGCCUGGGCAUCUCUCCCAGGAACCAGUGGGGCACUGGUCCCCCCGCUGACUGCUGAUCUGUAUGGGAAACACCCUGACCCUCCGCUAUCAGGGGGACUUUCCAGGCUGUGGGUGUCUGACAUCCCCACGUGGAAGAGGUGGGAGAAAGAGGAGUUUCUGAAAAGAGAACUUUUUGCUCCUCCCUGCCUCAAAGAUGCCACACUCUUGGCUUCUACCCAGGGCCACCAUGGUCAGUGUCAGGUGGCCUGGCACUGCAUGGAGCCAGCAAAUUGACCUCCAUCUCAGCCCCCUGCUCAGGGAUGAUGGACAGAUUGCCUACUGGGCCACUCAAGGUUGCUGGGUCCAUGGGGAGGAGUCGGGGAGGGAACAGCAAUUCCUUCCCACUGGUUUGGGACGAGGGCUUUCUCUUCUCAGUGCCUGCUGUCUUUUUACUUCUUAAUUUAAAUAUCCAACUUCUCCAUCACGGCCACAUCCCUGAGAGUGGGAGCCGGCUGCAGUGGCAGCUGGGGCCCCCAGGAACAACUUGGAAAUCUCUUCAUCUCCACUUUUCUGGGUGCAGUCCUUUCUCUGUGCAGCCAGGGAGACUGGUGAGCAGAGCUGGGGCCAGGUUCUUAAGAGUCAGUGUGGGGAGGGGCUGCCAGGUGCUUCUGGUUGGGCUGAGCAAGCCUCCACAGAUGGGGUACAUAAAUGCCAUCGAAUUUCCAGCCCCCACCCACCCUCUCCAUCUCAUCAGUGCGUUAAGUGCAAUGACCUAUUUAAUAGUAAACCCAUUCCACCUGCACCAGCUUGGGGACUUGUCCAAGCACUGCCUCCCUCUACUCUGUACCAGUUGCCUGGGUCAUAAGCUCAACUUGAGAAGAAAGGCCUGGGGUUGAGGGCUUGUGGUCAGAACCACUGAAGAUGGGAGUGUCCGUUGAUACUAGUGUGUGUCAGACACAAGUCCUCACCCAGUGUCCUGAGCUGGUAUCAUCUCCCUGCCCCCACACACUUAUCCCAGACCUGGAAACAAGCGGUCCCAGCCCCCUCACACUUAUCCCAGACCUGGAAACAAGCGGUCCCAGCCCCCUCCAAAAGUUAUCCCCUCAACUCCACCAGACUUGGGGGCCAAGGGCAGUGCCUGGAGCUGCUCCCAUCUGCUGUCCCCAUUCUCUCCUGCAAUUGGUUUGUACUCACUGGGCUGUGCUCUCCCCGUUUACCUGAUGUAUGGAAAUAAAGCCCCUUUUCCUCCUGGCUA